GUGUAAAUAUUUUCUAGAUUCGUCCCAAAUUAUAACGUUUCUUGUUUUUAUGCAACAGCUCUCCACGAGAUUUCGAUUUUUGAGGUGUAGUUCUGCGUAAUACUGCCUCCAAACAAACCAGGAGGUUUAAGACAGUACACCGGAAGUAAUACGGAAGCAGCAUAAAAGUAAAGACCAGUCAAACGUUUUUGUUUAUAUAAUAUACAUCUAGACUGGGAAUCAAUUUUAACAUUUUCUACGCACUAGCACCCGUUACAUGAUAAACGUAGGUGACAAACCUUCUGGUCAACGUCCAAAUUAGUGUAAAUGAGAAUAUCCGUGCCACCCCGAGGGAUGCCAGUGUAAGAUUCACAACAAGCUAGCUGCUGGUGUGACACGAGUUUGUCACAAGGCAGUUUGAAUCUUUCAACGAUCAUCUUUCACCUGUCAAACCGCUAAUCAGUUGCUUGUUGUUAGCCUUUGAAAGUGUAUAGAGCGCAACAUUACACUGCCUCGUGUGACCAAAAGUUGUGGUGGUUGCUAGGAGACGUGUGGAUUGGGCUUUGCUAAGAUUGUCUAUUGUAGUGAUGGUCAUUUAUUAUCCCUUUUGCGACGUCAGCUCCGUUAGGGAAAUGCGUUUAGGAGUGUGACGUCGUCUUCUCACUACCAUACGUCUUUAAUGCAUGUAACACUGCUUUUUACCAACAGAUGGCAGUCAAUACUGUUUUUUGUCAUGACACCGUCACAACAGAAACAUUACUGUAUGGUUAUUUUAGUAUUGUCUUGAAUUAACAAAGCGCCGUCAUUCGGAUAAUUUCGGGGACAUGGGAAUAUUCAUUUCGAAUAAGUACAUUAUUUAAGGUCAUCUUAUUUAACAUAAUAUUACAGUGUAGAUGAAAGCGCUAAGUGAAAGCGUUUUUCAACAUGGCCGUCCUUUGUUUCUGAAACAAGUCUUGUAGCAGAAAUAGACGAGGCUCACGAGCAGAAAUAGACGAGGCUCACGAGGACUGUUCGUACAUCCGUAAGGCGAUAUGUAUAUAAACAAAUAUAUGGCCACUGGAACAGUCUGCAAUGUGGUCCGAGCCGACAAGCGGAUGUGACGUCAGAAGUGUGGCUAGUCGCUGGGUGUCGUCUGCCUGCUGCUCCUCUGUAGUUGGAUGAAUGAGUCGACGUUCAGCUGUCUUUGGGGAAUGACUGAGCUCUAUUAGUACAGCGCUAACUUUAGCUAGGCUGCUAGCUGCUUUUCAUAUUUUUUAAGGACUACGUUAAGUAUCCGAGUGCCAACGCGUUCUCCGGACGAUUUUGGUGUUUAAGAUUUUAACAUUGAUUCUUGCUAACGUUCACAAUGGAGAGAAGCUAUUUAAACUUGGAGUAAUGGCUACCGAGCAUAUCAACUUGUGAACGGCAAUCUAGUCACACCAGUGGACUAACACGCUAGCAAGGAGCUUGCCUUUCUUUUAUACAUUUGUCAGAUAGCACAAUAGUAAGGAAUCUAAACCUAGAUUGAACUUGUCGUUUUUUUAUUUGGUAAUAUGAAAAAGGUACAAUCGGACACAUUAGGUUUUGCUCCUCAGAAAGACAUCGUGUACAACAAACUUCUACCAUAUGCGGAUAAGCUCGAUGAAGAAUCCAAUGACAUUUUGAGUAGAAUUAAGGGCAACUUAGGCCGGGCUGUCCAGCUCAGAGAAAUAUGGCCCGGUGUGCUGUUUUGGACAAGAAAACUUUCUACGUACAUGCGUCUGUACGGCCGGAAGUUCAGCAAAGAAGACCAUGUGUUGUUUAUCAAGUUGCUCUAUGAGCUAGUGACUAUCCCUGGACUUGAGAUCAGUAUGAUGCAGGGCCUGGCUCGCCUCCUCAUCAACCUGCUCAAGAAAAGGGAGCUUCUAUCAAGGGACGACCUGGAAUUGCCUUGGAGGCCUUUGUAUGAGCUGCAUGACAGGAUACUGUUCUCCAAGACCGAGCAUCUGGGCCUCAAUUGGUUUCCCAAUUCUCCCCGGCCUCGUUCGUCAGCUAAACUCAUUAUGAUAAAAAUGGUUCAGAGGUGCUCCGUGGAAGGUGUGUUGAAGACGUUAAUAAAAAACUGCAGACCCUAUUUUCCAGCGUCUGCAACCCAGGAAAUGCUGGAAGAAUGGAGACCACUGUUUUGCCCUUUUGACGUCACCAUGCAGAGGGCAAUCAGCUACUUUGAACUCUUUCUACCCACAACCCUACCACCAGAGCUGCAUCAUAAAGGCUUCAAGUUGUGGUUCGAUGAGUUGAUCAACCUGUGGGUGUCUGUGCAGAAUCUUCCAAGCUGGGAACUGAACCUAGUCAAUCUCUUUGCUCGCUUGGCCAAUGACAACAUUGGCUACAUUGACUGGGAUCCUUAUAUCCCCAAGAUUUUCACAAGAAUUUUGAGGAGUUUGAAUCUUCCUGUGGGGACCAGCCAGAUGAUGGUCCCGCGAUACGUGACCAAUGCCUAUGACAUCGGCCACGUGGUGCUAUGGAUAUCGUCACUUCUGGGUGGACCAAGUAAACAAACUCAAGCACAACUCACUGGCCUUUUCAACAGUAUCACGUCUUUCUUUCACCCGUCAAACCAUGGUCGCUGGUUGAUGAAGCUCAUGAAAUUGCUCCAACGUCUCCCUGCCACUGUGGUUCGUCGGCUGCAUAGAGAGCGCUACCGAAAGCCAUCGUGGCUGACUCCCAUUCCAGACACUCACAAGCUCACGGAAGAGGAUAUCACCAACUUUGUGACGAGUAUGAUGCAGCCCGUUCUGCUGGCCAUGUUCAGCAAAACAGGCAGUCUCGAUGCCGCCCAGGCUCUGCAGAACCUUGCUCUGAUGAGGCCUGAGUUGGUUAUUCCUCCUGUGCUAGAGAGAACAUACCCUGCACUGGAGACUCUAACAGAGCCCCACCAGCUGACAGCCACCUUAAGUUGCAUGAUCGGCGUAGCGAGGAGCCUAGUGUCGGGUGGGAAGUACUUUCCUGAGGGCCCAACUCACAUGUUGCCCUUACUCAUGAGGGCCCUGCCCGGAGUUGACCCGAAUGACUUCAGCAAGUGCAUGAUUACUUUCCAGUUUAUUGCUACAUUUGUGACUCUUGUACCUUUGGUGGACUGCUCGUCUGCCCUACAUGAAAGAACUGACUUGACAGAGGUGGAAAGGGAGAUGUGCUCGGCAUCUGCAGAGUUUGAAGACUUUGUGCUUCAGUUCAUGGACAGGUGCUUUGCCCUGAUCGACAGUAGCACUCUGGAACAAACACGCGAGGAAACCGAAACUGAAAAAAUGACCCAUUUGGAGAGCCUGGUGGAGCUUGGCUUGUCUUCCACCUUCAGCACUAUCCUCACUCAGUGCUCAUUGGACAUAUUCAAGGUGGCUCUGGAAAAAGUUUUUAACUUUGCAACCACCAACAUCUUCGAGACGCGUGUAGCUGGAAGGAUGGUGGCGGACAUGUGUCGUGCUGCUGCUAAGUGUCACCCUGCAGAGUCUCUGAAAAUGUUUGUGCCUCACUGCUGCAGUCAAAUACACCAAAUUGCUGCCAAUGAGGAGGUUUUACAUGAAGAGGAGCUUGACAAGGAGUUUUUAUGGAACCUUCAGUUACUAUCUGAGGUUACUCGAGUGGACGGUGACAAGCUCCUGCCCUAUUCUUCCGACUUGGUCCACAUUUUGCAGUUGACGCUCCGCCUCAAGUGUAAGCAGGGCUACAUUCUAGCAUGCAACCUGCUGCAUCACAUCCUGCGCUCCACUGCCCUCAUUUACCCCACUGAGUACUGCAGUGUGCCAAGCGGCUUUCGCCAACCAAUCACGGACUACCUCCCAAUUAAGGAUUGGGGUCGUCCAGGUGACCUCUGGAACUUAGACAUACGGUGGCAUGUGCCCAGCGUUGAUGAAAUCACUUUCACUUAUUAUCUACUGGACCUGAUUCUGCAGCCAGAACUUAUGCGACUUCAAAGUUAUGCAGAAGGAGACCAAGACAUGAGCAGAGAUGAUGUCCUACAGAGUCUGACCAUUAUUCAGCACUGCCUCCUUGGAGCCGGUGGUCUGAUGCCUCCCUUGAAAGGAGAACCUAUUCCUGAACUGGUGCAUAGUAUGGUGAAACUGGAUGAGACUCUUCUCUAUACUGGAACGGAUUAUGAUCAGUCUAAACAGAACUACAGAGAUUCCAUCUGCCGUGUGAUGAGACAGUUGCUUCAUUAUAUACUAGAACACUCUGAGGAUGACACCAAAUCCCUCUUUUCCAUCAUCAAGAUAAUCAGUGACCUGCUGCACUUCAAGGGUUCUCACAAGCAUGAGUUUGACUCUCGCUGGAAGAGCUUCAGUCUUGUGAAGAAGUCGAUGGAAAAUAGGCUGCAUGGUAGAAAGCAGCAUAUCAGAGCUCUCCUGAUAGACAGAGUCAUGCUCCAGCACGAACUUCGCAAGCUGACAGUGGAAGGGUGUCAGUACAGAAGCAUUCAUCAGGAGCUGAUGAGGGAUCUGUUACGCCUCUCCACAAGCACGUACAGCCAAGUACGCAGCAAAGCUCAAAAUGUGCUGUUCACUGCCCUUGGUACGUAUAAUUUCUGCUGCAGAGACGUGAUCCCCCAUGUGCUUGAGUUUCUCAACCCAGACAACAGCAGUGUCACACAGCAACAGUUUAAAGGUGCCUUGUAUUGUCUUCUGGGCAAUCACAGUGGAGUCUGCCUGGCCAAUUUGCAUGACUGGGAGUGCAUUGCCCUGACGUGGCCUGCUAUUGUUCGAUCUGGCCUUAGUUCAGCUAUGUCGUUGGAGAAGCCCUCUAUUGUGCGGCUCUUUGAUGACCUUGCUGACAAAGUCCACCGGCAGUAUGAGACCAUUGGCAUCGACUUCUCUAUCCCUGUAGAGAGCUGCGGUGUGGCCAAACAACUUAUGGUCACUGGAAACCCCCUUCCUAAAGAUCCCGUUCCGUCAGAGGAAGAAACGUCAGAAGGUGUAAAGAGACAGCGACUUAAAAAUUCUGAAUCUGUAGAGAAGUACCAGCAGCUCAUUGGGGAUCUGCUGGACUCUCUUGGCAACAGAAACCUGCCUUGGAAAUUUGAGCAUAUUGCUAUUGGCUUGUUGUCGCUGCUCCUGAGAGAUGACCACCAGCUCCCACCAGCAGCUGUUUUGUUCUUCAUCAAAACCCUCAACCACGACACUCUCUACGUCCGGAAGGUGGCGAUAUCAGCUGUGGCAGGGAUCAUGAAGCAAAUAAAGAGGCCUCAUAAAAAAGUUCCUGUCAGCCCUUCUGAGAUUUAUAAUCAGCACAAAGGUGAGAUUGAGGAGACGAGCAGUAUAGUGGCUGGUGAUCGUCCUGAUAACAAGUGGUUGCAGUACAACAGCAGCAGUCUACCACGGACACAGCAAGAGUGGGAUCUCUGUGUUUUCGUGGAAAAGACUCACUGGGGUUACUACAGUUGGCCACGGAAACUGAUGAUGUACGCUCCAGAGGAAGAGCAGCCCAAACUCAACCUGACCAGAGAGGAAAUGACAGAGCGAGAGCAGAUCAUCUAUGACCAUUUCUCAGACCCAGUAUUCAUUAAUCAAUUCAUCGAGUUUCUGUCUCUGGAGGAACGAAAGGGCAAAGACAAGUUUAGCACUCGCAGAUUCUGUUUGUUCAAGGGUUUGUUCCGUAACUUCAGCGACACUUUUCUGCCUCUGCUGCAACCACACAUGGAGCGCUUGGUAGCAGACUCCCAUGAGAGCAAACAGCGUUGUGUUGCAGAGAUCAUAUCUGGCCUGAUCAGAGGCUGUAAGCACUGGAGUUACACUAAGGUUGAUAGUCUUUGGAAAGUGUUAUGUCCACUCCUCCGUACGGCCUUGUCCAACAUUACAGUGGAAACAUAUGCAGACUGGGGCACCUGCAUCGCCACAGCCUGUGAGAGUAGAGACCCUCGCAAACUUCAUUGGCUAUUUGAGAUGUUAAUGGAGUCUCCAGUUAAUGGAGAAGGGGGCUCCUUUGUUGAUGCAUGCCGCCUGUACGUGCUACAGGGAGGCCUCGCUCAGCAGGAGUGGCGGGUGCCAGAGCUUCUCCACAGAUUGUUGCAGUACCUCGAGCCCAAACUAACACAGGUCUACAAGAAUGUACGGGAGCGAAUUGGAAGCGUCCUGACCUACAUCUUCAUGAUAGAUGUCAACCUGCCUUACACUCAGCCGACUACCUCACCUCGCAUUUCAGACUUCACAGAGAGAAUUCUGUUACAGCUGAAGCCCCUGACUGAGGGCGAUGAGGAGAUCCAGAACCACGUGAUUGAGGAGAAUGAGGUGGGCGAGCAGGAUGAGAGGACUCAAGCCAUCAAACUGCUCAAAACAGUGUUGAAGUGGUUGAUUGCAAGUGCUGGGCGCUCCUUCUCCACGGCCGUCCCGGAGCAGCUGCGCUUACUUCCUCUGCUCUUCAAGAUUGCUCCAGUUGAAAAUGAUGACAGUUAUGAUGAGCUGAAGAGGGACGCCAAGACCUGCCUGUCUCUAAUGUCUCAGGGACUCCUCUACACGGAGCAGAUCCCUAUGGUACUCGAUGCCCUGCAGGAGAUCGCCGGCAGCAGCUCCUGGCACGCUCGCUACACGGUGCUGACGUAUCUCCAGAUCAUGGUGUUUUACAACCUGUUCACCUUCAUGAGUGACCAGAAAGCUGUGAACGAUGUACGAGCUCUGGUCAUAAGAUUGUUGGAAGAUGAACAGCUGGAGGUACGAGAAAUGGCCGCCACCACACUCAGUGGCUUCCUCCAGUGCAAUUUCCUGUGCAUGGACGCCCCCAUGCAGGCUCACUUUGAGGCUCUGUGCAAGACUCGGCUCCCUAAAAAGAGAAAGAGGGGCAUCGGCACAGUAGUGGACACCAUACCUUCUGCAGACCUGGUGCGGCGCCAUGCUGGUGUUCUCGGCCUGAGUGCUUGUAUUCUCUCCAGCCCGUAUGAUGUGCCCACCUGGAUGCCCCAGCUGCUAAUGGACCUGAGCGCCCACCUUAAUGAUACCCAACCUAUUGAAAUGACGGUGAAGAAAACCUUGUCCAACUUUCGGAGGACGCACCAUGACAACUGGCAGCAGCAUAAGCAACAGUUCACUGACGACCAGCUGCUGGUGCUCACUGACUUGCUGGUGUCCCCCUGUUACUAUGCCUAAAAACAGCCGACUACAUCAGUGGUCGCCAGCCGCAUGAUGAGGAUGGUGGUGGGGAGUCGCAUUUUUCAGACGUCGCCCUACCCUCUCCAGGAAGUGGCCCACACAAGCAAUUUGAAAUGUUGUGUCAUUUGUGUAUAGUAUGUAGCCCAUUUCCAUUUCUUCUAUACUUAAUAUUUAAGGAUCACUCAUCGCAGGGAUGAAUGGCCUGCAGUGUGUAACAUUUCUGUACAGUUUUUUUGUUUGCUUCGAUGGCGUGUAGACGCUUGAGGACCUGUGCAGUGUCGGACACAUUUCUCAGGAUUAUAUCCCAAGACUCAACUCUGAGCCAACACAACGUCCCGAUGGAGGACAUGCUUGUUAUAGUUAUCUCCCUAAGGGGAACAACGCAAAGUUGGCAACUCUUUGGACUAGACUGUAACAUAAUGUUUGUGUGCUGUUUGAUCAAGAUAUGAAUAUUAUGCAUUGUAAGCAUGUAUAUAUAUAUACAUAUAUCAUGCUAUAGCAAAUGCACAUUUAUUUAUUUAUUUAUAAGUUCUUAAAAUGCUGCGUUUUAUUUCCUGGUUAGUCUUUCGGCAGGUUUAGCCAUUUUUUUUCAAGCACUAAAGCCAAUUUUUCACGGAAGAACAGGGAGAGGGUGCGCUCCCUCUGUUGCGGUGCUGUGAUGUUUGUUUUCUUGAGGACCUGAGCAUUUUUUUUUCUUUCCAAGGUUUCCCAGUGCAAAACAGCGGCCACUACGCUGGCCCACUUUUUUCAUUUAUAACUGACUCUUUCGCUUAGAAUUUAAUUAAUGUUCCCCUGUUGACUUGAAGAGAGUCCAAACAUUGAAGCAUUUAGUACCUCACGUUUGAUAGCGUAGUGCCAAAAUGCAGUGCUUUUUUUUGUAGUUGUACCGUUUACCUGUUGGAUGAUAACACCAUGUAUGAAUAAAUUGUUUAUUUAAAAAAAAA